UUCAUUGCUUGUGGGGUAGGGGUGAGUAUCAUUUCUGGAGAGGGAGGGAGUUUGUUUCUCUCUUCUCUGAGGUGUGGUUUAUUUAGGAUAUGAUACUGCAUUAAAAAAUGUUGGUUUCGGUUAUUUUUUGGUUAAGGUGGCCAGUUGGUACUUGGCCCUGCAACCACCAAGUUCUCCCUGUGCCCACGCUGACUUAUACUAGCUCUUGUUCCUCUUGUGGGCAGGCCCUCAUGGUUUCUUUGCUUUUGAUUGGAUGCUUAUCUCUAUCUCUCCCCUCUGGAUCUGAGGUUACUUUUUCAUUGACUCAGUCUCCGUUAUGGUCUGAAGCCAGUUUCCUUCCCGUAGCUGUGUCCAGCAAUCCCUGUCCCCACGUUAUUGUUCCAGAUACUGUAAACAAAAUAAGGUUUAUUUGGUGUUGGAUUGACAACAAAGAAAAAAAAAUCACAAAAUAAAAGCAAUACAAAUAAGAUUAAAAAUUAAAAAUAGUUUAUGCUCCAUAUCCUGGCCAGGUGAUCUUCCAUUGCUAUUGCCUCCUCCGUGAAUGGAGAGCCUUUGUUUUAUCAUCUCUCUGGGGCUGUGUACUCAGGAGUGAAGUCUUCAUUAGCGCACUGAAUGCGAUCCUCAUCCCUUAGGGCACGUGGGCAGACCGUUGCACAAUCAUCCAUUGAAGUCAGUGGGGCUUGAUGCCAGCACGGCAUUCUGCCUCAGCAUUGCAGAUUGCAGGAUCAGAGUCUGCGCUUAGAUGUCAAUAUGCAAUUAUAACUGUUUCUCUGUAUCUCCGCACAUUUUCAUUAGUUUUCCCUUUUCUCUUGAUUAGAGCUGCGCGAUUGCGGCAAGAAACAUUUCUGUAAAUAUGCGUUUGGAUUUCAAAAUGAACUUGCUUUGACAGUGUUUGUGCCCCUUGUGUGCAUACCUACAGGUUUGUUCUUCCAGACAGUGAAUUUUUAAACAAAUGCUACAGGACGUUUGCAGCCAGCACAUAUCAAAUCCAUAACUGAAACCCAACCAAGUGCCGAGCAACGAGAGUUGAUCCUCUGCUGGUGUAAAUCAGCAUAUCUCCAUGGGCAUCAAGGAAAUUACACUGAUCUACACCAGAUGAGGUUUUGAAUGAAAUGAUGCUUUACAGACAGCUUCCAGUUUUUACUACGCAACAGGAACCAGAGUCCGAUCCCAGAGGUGAGGUGGGACUCUGGUCUCAAGGAGAUGAAUGAGACCUGGAAGGGAGCUGUUGCCUGCCUCGGGGUGGCUGUCUUCUUUGUGAUGACCAUCGGGAUUAUUUACUGGCAAGUGGUGGACCAGCCAAACAAGAACUGGAUCUUGAGAGGGAGCACCAGUGGUCUCAUCUGGGAGCGAAGGUCUCACUCCCUCGUCCUGCAGACCCUGAGCGAGGAGAAGACCCUGGUGGAGAUCGCUGUGGGCAACUUCCCAGACAUAGAGCAGCCCUUUGUGAAGAACUUGUGCUGGCUCAACAAGACGGAGUUCUGCUAUACCUGGGAUGCGACGGCGGAUCUGGAGAUCUCCCUUGAACCUGGUCCUUCCGCCGGCACAGAGUGCUACACGAUAAACUGGACUCCUCUGCACUGCAAGAUUACACUAAAGGAUUGUUUUUCAAUGACUAAUGUCUCCUGGUACGGAGGAGCAAGCAUCAGAGCCCAGCGCUGGCCUUUGAACAAUGUGAAUACAAAGUCCCAGCCAUUUGUUAUCAGCAACCUCACCAAAAAUCCCACCGGCUAUGGAUCUGUCUUAGAAAAAUACUUUUUGGGAUCAACGGGGGUGACAGUAACAGUUGCACCAGACGUCCCCAUCUCCCUCUCAGUGGAGAGCAAUAGGUACUUCUGUCUUGAGAGCCCUUCCAGCAUAGCCAUGGUCCCCCUACAGUACAUGGUGUGCAUCAGUCAAAACAUCACGUCUGCCCACCAGGAAGUAGGGAGCCAGCUCUCAGAGCAGGAGAGGAGGCUGCCAAACACUGACAUAUUAAGGUUGCCAAUCUGGAGGCAUUACAAAGCAGCGGAUUCUGCUGCCAAAAUGGAGCGAGGAUUAAGGUCUUUCUUCAACAGAUUGAAAAGACAUCAUCUCGGGGAGGGGCUAAUUGCUCUCAACGAACAUUCCACAAUGUUACUUUCCAAUGCGGACCAUAUGCACUUGCCCAUGGCUAGCAGGAAGAUGCAUGCUCUGAGACACACCAGGGACUUCUCGUUAAUUAAACCUCUGAAAUUUUCCAUAACUCUGUCCCCGUAUACAAGCAUCAACUCCCAGCUGUUUCUGAUGUCUCUGCAAGAGGGCAAAGAAAAUUACUGGCUGAGCCUCCAAUCGAAAUUCGACAGCCACCCGACUCCUCUGCUUACCAAGUGGAAAGGGCAGUUUUCUGUCCGGCUGAACGUGACCAAUGAUGCUGCAAGAAGCUGGUACAUGGACAGGGUGAGCCUCUUGUGGCAGAGACUGGGAGCGCAGUACGUGACUUUUGAAGGUGCUGAAGGAAACAUGUUCGCAGAGCAGGCAAUCCAGCCACCCAGAGAACUGGAAGGGGAUAAAUACAUUGGCAUUUUUGCACUAAUGGCAGCUACGCUGGGAAAUUCGACAAUAAUUAGUGCCGUCACAAGAUCUAACCAUCUGCCACUCUUCAUUCAAAUGACCCCGCUCCAGUCGGACUGGAGUUAUGCUGGUUUGAAGGGAAUUAUACCUUCUGUGCUUCACUACAGUCUUCUUGGCUACAACUUCUUCAUUCCGGAUGCAGUAGGAGGGACCCUGGCAAAUGAAUUCCUGACAGAAGAAGAGCUGUAUAUUCGUUGGCUGCAGAUUGUGACUUUCCUUCCUGUGAUGUCCUUCAGCACUCCGCCAUGGGUCUGCUGUGACGACUGGGUACUGAAUCUCACUAGGCAAUACAUACAGAGGCAUCAAGAUUUUGUUGUCCCGCUCAUUCUAAAAUUCAGCAAGGAAUGGCUCUCCUGGGGGUAUCCCAUCUUCCGGCCGCUGUGGUGGCUCAGCCCCAAUGACCCAGUCACCUUCACUAUAGAUGACGAAUUCCUCAUUGGAGACGAGGUACUGAUCGCCCCAAUUACAGAACAAGGGCGAGUUCAGAGAGACAUCUACCUGCCUGGGGAAGGUCACAUAUGGAUGGACACCAACACCAACGCCCAGGUGUUUGAUGGAGGAACCUUAAUCAGGAACUACUCAGUCAGUCUUGUGGAGGUGCCAGUUUUUGUAAAAGCCUCCUAGAUUCCAGGCUGUCCCAGUUCUCACAAGAUUCACCUACUUCUCAGAAGAGUGAUGCUGACAAGACAUGCUCUCUUCCUGUUCAGCCAUUUGUGCUUUUCCAGGAACUCUUUUUUUUUUUUUUAUAUAUACAAGUGUUUAAAUCUGUUACUGUGAUUUGCUACCAUUCUAAAAUAGUUGAAAUACUGCAGGAGCUCUGGUACAAAAAAUACCCCCUGUGCACAUGCAACACAUCUGCUGAGAUCAUCCAGGUUCAUCUGACCCUAUCCUGUGUGUUAUCUAUCAGGAAUGUCUCUGAUUACCUAGUAGUGAAAGAGAGACACCCUCAAAGUCACAGGCUAAUGAGAAAGCAGAUGGAUUCAAUGUCUACUGGAAAUAUUCCCCUGUUUGGGGGGAAAAAAUCAUUAAAGUAAAGAGGAAGCUCUAACAGAGCCAGGUAUGGACAGACAGCAGGACUGGCUGCCUUGAAAAGAAACAGUCUUGGUUGACCAGGUCUAACUGCCUGCUGGAGUCUUAGUGAAACAGGAUUGCAUCAUCACUUAUCUUCUACAGACUGCAACGUUUGCUUUGGGAAAACUGCAGCAUCCAGUUCUGGGUGUUGUGUCAAUGUCUUUAUUUUUGUCUAGGAAAAAGUUGGAGACAAAACUUACAGAAAAGGAAUGGGCAGAGAAAGCUGUUCUGUAAUGUGUGGCUGCAGGUCACCAAUGUGAGGAGUCUUCUCCUUCCUUAUGGAUGAUUUGCCUUGUGUGGUUUUAGAAUAUCAGGGUUGGAAGGGACCUUAGGAGGUCAUCUUGUCCAACCCACUGCUCAAAGCAGGACCAAUCCCCAGACAGAUUUUUACCCCAGUUCCCUAAAUGGCCCCCUCAAGAAUUGAACUCACAACCUUGGGUUUAGGAGGCCAAUGCUCAAACCACUGAGCUAUCACUCCUCCCAGCACACUAUCCUGUCUGCUGCCUUCUGCCCCAGCUUUCUCACCUCAGAGUGCCGCCCUCCCAUGGCUCGAGAACACCCCAAAACUGAAAUCAGCCUUAGUUUAUUUUUGGAACUAAGCAGCCUAUUUGAAGCAUAGGGAUGUGUGUAUUAUGCAGCAGCUGGGACUCAGUAAACCGAGGAAUAGCAGCACUUAAGACAUUCAAACGGUUCUAGGAGGCUACAAAGAGAAGAUUAUUUUCUGUAACAUUAGGAGCUCAGCAAACACAUGAGGAUCUUAGCAGCUGAUAAGAUGCUACAGAGGCUGGACAUACAUAGUCUUAGCAUACCUGGGGGAAGUAACAGCUUCCAAGUGAAUUUAAAUGACCUUACCAAAGGGUGCAUAUAUAUAGGAGGAGUGGGCUCAGAUUUUCAAUGCUAAAAUUAAUGUAUAUGGUACAAUUUCUGUGUGUAUCCCAUGACAAGUACCCAACUUCACCCAUGGCAAAUGUCUUACUGCUUUGCCAUACCCUUGGGAUAGAUGAGCCAGAUGCUUAGCUGGUAUAAGCCAGCAUAGUUCUAUUGACAUUAGUGGAGUUAGGCCAAUUGACACCAGCUGAUGACCCCUCUCAUCUUCCUUUUAGAUCAGGAACCGCUCAGGAUUUUCCUAAUCUUAUUAAGAGUAUCUAGGACUUUCUGGAGUGUGAGGGGGCCCCAGGGCAGUGUCAAAAUGCAGGGUGCCGCAAGGGGUCAAAGGCUGAGUAUGGGAGGGGGAGCCCUGUGUGCCACACGGGGAAGGGGCUCACUCUGACCACGCCCAGGAGGUUGCUGUGGCACAGGGUACAAGCUUAGCAUGAAAACAACUUGUGCCCUGUAGGAGACAGAAGAGGCUGGGAACAAAGAAGCGCCUCUUGGUGCUGCUCUGAUAGCAUUGAAAGGCCUUUUAAAUGGAGUUCGAACAGAACAGAAUAGAUUUUAGCUGCUGCCCUGAGCUUGUAACUUGACAUGGUCCCCUCCAGGUAUUCAAUCUCAUCAGCAAUUUACAUGAAACAAAUUGAUAUUGCAGGCACCAUCCAAGGAUCCACAUCAGCCCGUGGCUGUUUGUAAAAAAAAGGAAUUUGCUUCAGCCUCCUCCUGCCCCCCCCUCAACCA